UGCUUUGAAAUGUUGCAACUCAGUGUAGCCAACUAUAAAAAAAAUCACUAAAAAAGUAAGGUUAGGUUAAAGUGUUUUGGUGUGAGUUAAGAUUUUAAGAAAUCAGAAAUAAUGAUGAAUCUAUCUAGAAAUAUUGAAAGAGUACCCUUUAGGUCCAUCGAAAAACAACUUGUAGCUUCAUAUUGCAAUUCCAGCCCUCAAACACAAACCAAACAAGAAGAAUUUCGUGCCCUCAAUAUCAGAAAUGUUAAAGAUCCGUUUCAAACAAGGCGCAGAUUGCAAAAAACAGCAGUUUUUCCUCCCAGAGCUGAUCAAAUGCCAGUAGACCAAGACUGGGGUAGUGUAUGGCCAGGUCCUAGAUCCUUCCAUCCUGCAACUGUACCGUUGCCUGUCAGGCAAGGCUUCACUGAAAAAGGCGCUCCGCCGCCAAACAAAUUCAACAAUGCCGAGUUGAUGAAAAUACCGAAUUUCUUGCAUCUAACGCCGCCCGUAAUCAAAAGGCAAUGUGAAGCUUUGAAGAAAUUUUGCACUCCUUGGCCUAAAGCUUUAGACAAUGAGGACAAAAUACAGAAAAAUUUUCCUAUUGAAGUUAUUUCUAGUGAUUACUGUUAUAGCAGUCCUACAAUUAGAGAUCCAAUGGCCAGGAUUAUUACUGUGAAGUUUAAGUUGGCUUCUUUGAAGCUGGAUGAUAGAGCUAGAGAUAAGUUUUUGAGAUUGGUUGGGCCUAGAUACAAUGAGGAAAAUGAUACAGUCACUAUAGUCACCGAUAGAUGCCCCUUGAAAAAGCAAAAUUAUGACUAUGCAAUGUAUUUGGUAACUGCUUUGUUUCACGAGUCAAAGAAAGUUGAGCCUUGGGAAGAAAUGAAAUCCGAAGCAGACAUGGAGAUUUACUGUUGGGAAAAUAAUGCUUCAAAAAAAAAUAUUGAAGCACUUUUUGGAUGUAAAUCUGAAGAAAUUCCAAAUGCCGCAGAGUAUUCUGAAGCUGUUUCACAUUACAUGAAUGAAGGUGAAAAUGACUACACGAUUUCAAAAUAUGGAGAGGCAGUUAAAAAAUUGCUAAAAUUACAAGGAACGAAUUAAAAUUUCAAAUAAAAACUGUUGAAUAGAUUUUGAUUUUUAUUACAAU